AAAUAAGGUCUUUGUAAAUAAUGUGUACAUGAAAGUGUCGAGAUCUUUAUAAAUUGUUACAAAACAUGUGGAAGACGUGGUUCUUUUUUUCACUGAUUUACCUGAUAUGCAAGACAAGUGCAUUACCAAAGGAAUGCAAGGAGGACGAAAACGGACUUAAAUACGAAGGUACAAAAAGUAUGUCUUCUUCAGGAGGUCCUUGUCUGUCAUGGAAACAUCAACUUGUGCAAAGACAGUUCAAUACUUAUAAUAACAGUAUGUUAAAGGAAAACUACUGUAGAAAUCCGGAUGGCCACACUAGUCCUUGGUGUUUUGUUGAAUACUUAAAAAUAUACCGAUCCGUCCCUUUUCUUCCUCGCGGUAGGAUUCGUGAAAGUGGUUUCUUCGGUGAUAGGGGAUCAGGCUUUACAUUGAGGCAAGUCAAGCAUAUUAAAAAGGACCCCUGCGAUAUUCCAUUCUGCUUCGAAGCAUCCUUUGAGUGGAAUGGGGAAAAUAAAACGUUUGGAAUUCAAUUAAGUAAUAGUACAAAAAUGAUAAAUAACAACAAAACAGGUUCAGAAAAUAACUACAUUCUAAGGAUUGAGCCUCUUUUACCAAAUACCUCGUCAAUAGAAGCUAGUUUAAAGCUCCCUUAUCUACGACCUGUGUCUACCGGAAGUUGUUUACAGCUUGAAUAUCGUACCAAGAACCUAAAGUUAGAAUUAAAAACAGCGUCCCAGACUUUGACUCUUCUUUCUGAAAGCAAUGAAUGGAAGUUUGUGAACGUAAAUAUUCGCCCAGAAGCAAAAGAGUAUCAGGUUUCAAUUUCUUCUGUUUCCUUACCAGCCUUUUCAAAAUUUGCAGAAGUAAAAUACAUUCGUGUUCGAGAAGGAUCCUGUCAAGGUUGUUUUCCUUGUUUCAAUGACGGCUUGUGUGUUAACAAAUCCGGAUUUUGUGAUGUGAAUAUAGACUGUCCUGAUUUUUCAGACGAAAGGAAUUGUGCCCUGGAAUGUUUUUUUCAUAACUACUACGCCGGGUUUCGAAAUGAAACAAUUUCAUUUGAUCCCUGCACAAAUGGAAAAUGUAGUUUCCACAAAGAACGCUACGCUAAACCAGGAUGUGUUGUUGAAAAUAAAUGGAAGCUUUGUAAUCUUGAUGAAUGUGAACGUGGGAAUUUGACGUGCACAUUUGUUGACAAUACGUGUGGGUGGAAACCAUGGAAGAACGGCUUAAAGUGGAGUCGAAAAGUUAAUAAAAACACUGGAAAAGCAUUUGUGUUUCCUGAUAAAACAAUUGACGUGAACUGGAGUUCGGAAGACAUAUCAAUUCUAUAUAGUGCACCCCAGCCACCAUCAACGGAAUACAGUUGCCUUAGUAUAUCGUACUCUGGAAGAAAUAGUCACAUUGAAGCGUUUAUUACUAAAGGAACGAUGUUAUCGAAAGAGAGGAAAGUACCGGUAUUUCAACAUCUGCACAUAGACUCAGACGAUGUUAAGUCCACCACUUUCCAGACACCCAUAGACACCGCGUUCAUGGUUAUGAUACAAGCAAACUACACAUCUAAAUCGGAUAGCGUUCUAAAAAUCCACACCAUAUUCCAAGAAAUCGGAAUUUGCAAAGAUAAAGACCCAUGUGAUCUUUCCCAGUUCCAGUGCAUUGAUGGAAGUUGUAUUUCGAGUCAAAAGCUUUGCAACAAUAUCAGCAAUUGUCCUGAGGAUGAAGAUGAAACGUUUUGCAAACAAAAAAGUUUUAUCAUAGGAGUCCCAAUUGUACAUGUAUGUCCGGCUCAUUGCCAAUGCCAUGAUUUGAUCUUCAAAUGUAGUUCCAUCAUAGACGUUACUGAUGAGGCAAGGUCACUUGAAAUAUUAAGUUUUCACAACUUUGACAUUCAACGUUUGGAAGCGUUCAGAUAUCUUGUCAAUCUGAAUUUAUCUGCAUCUCUUGACAAAAAUACUUCUCUAAGGGAUAUUUUAGAACACUUAGGUUCCAGACAUUUGCAAAAAUUAGACAUCUCAUUUAAUUAUAUAACUUUCAUAACAGCAGACAUUUCCUUUAAAAACCUUCCAAAUUUAUUGUAUUUUAACGUAUCAAACAACAUGAUUCAUUAUUUAGACCUUAGUUUUCUGAAACAAAUUCCAACCCUUCGCUUUUUAAAUCUGAAAAAUAAUAAAAUAAACGAAAUGUAUUUUUAUGACAACAAAUAUUAUGAUGAUUCCAAUGAAACCAAUCUUGCUCUCUUGGAUCUAACGGGUAACGAGAUACGAAGUAUUCAGCCUGGAUCUCUUUAUUUUUUGAAAGCAUUGAUUAAACUAGAUUUGAGGGAUAACAACAUUUCAAAUACAAAUAACUAUUUCUCAAAAUCCAUGAAAAUAAUAACGUAUCUUGAUUUGGGCUAUAAUUCAAUAGAAAAGUUAUCUUUAGACAUGUUUAAGGGUUUAAACAGACUAAUAGAGCUAAACAUGGAGCACAAUAAAAUAGAACAACUUGAUCCUUUUACCUUUUUCUCUCUUCCUUCUUUACAUACAUUAAAUUUAGCUUUCAACAAUGUACGUACAAUACACAGAUUAGCGAUGGAAAAUUUAAGUUCCCUAAAAAAACUUAAUCUUACUGGAAACAAAAUAGUACACCUAGGUGCAUCUCUUUUCGCUGCUUUAAAACAUCUCCAAAUUCUUGAUUUAUCUGAGAAUGCAAUGAAGACGCUUGAGCGCAAUGCUUUUGAAAGUCUGGGGGAACUGAAGUCUCUAUACAUUCAUGGAAAUGAGUUAGUUGUCUCCAAAUCGAUGUUUGAAGGCUUGUGUAAUUUGGAAAGGUUGCGGACAGAUUCGUACAUCAUCUGUUGUGUUAGACCUUCGACAGUUGACGUUGAGAAAUGCAUCUCUCCUCGUGAUCGUAUAUCGACAUGUGAACAAUUGAUAAGUGUUGGGGUUUUGGCACAGAUGAUCUGGUAUAUGGCACUAUUUUCCUUCGGUGGUAAUAUUUUCGUUAUUUAUUACCGACUGAAAAUUUACUUCAAGGGAAGCGCGACGUCACAAACCUUAUUAAUUUUGAAUCUAAGCAUUUCAGAUUUAUUGAUGGGAAUAUAUUUGUUCAUUAUCGCAGUAGCGGACUUAGAAUACCGAAAUAAGUAUGGAUUGAACGACAGUAAGUGGCGAUUCAGUAACAUAUGUACUGCAGCUGGAUUAUUGGCAACAAUUUCUAGCGAGGCCUCCGUUCUUUUCGUUUUCUUGAUAACUGCAGAAAGAUUUAUAGCAUUUAAAUAUCCAUUUUCAAGUGCAAACCUUAAAACCCAGAAAUGUGGCACAUGUGCAGCAAUCACUGUAUGGCUAUUUGCUGUUGGUAUUGCAACAGCUCCCUUGUUUUUCUACUCGGAUUUCUAUAGCAGGUCUACGGUUUGCAUAUCGUUGCCUUUAACAACAGAUAUGUUCUCCGGUUGGGAAUAUUCUACAUUGGUUUUUAUUGUAUUUAACCUAUUAGUUUUCAUUGCUGUUGUUCUUGGACAAAUACUUAUUUUUGCUGAAGUAAAACGCAUUGGAAGUAAUGUAACGAAUGAUACAACAAAGAGAGAGAUUGCUGUCUUCAAGUCAUUGUCCUAUGUAGUGUUAUCAGACGCAUUUUGCUGGAUACCAAUUGUAAUAAUAGGACUAUUGGCAUUGGGAGGCGUCAAUAUUUCAUCAGACGUUUACGCUUGGAUUGUCGUUGUCGUUCUGCCGAUAAACUCUGCGUUAAACCCAUUCAUCUACACAUUAAGUAUAAUGAACAAGAACAAGACAAAGCAGUCUCAUUCGAAGAGCACAUAGAGAGAGAAGAAAAUAUUUUCUUUCAAUAAUCAAAUCUAAAUAAGAUAAAAGGAGAAACAUGCGUUUUAUUGCAUGCUUGAUAAUCCUUGAGCUAAUUAAUUCAUAUUUGAAUUCCCUACAAUAAAUUAAGGUCAAGAUCUAGUAAAUGAUUCCAGAUAGUCUUUUUGGUGCAAGAACCAUUAUGACGUCAUAAUUGAUUUGAAGAAUCUUUUUCCCGUACUUUACGACUUAAAAGGAAUUAUGUAGAAUAUUUAACAAUUUCUUGACAUUCUAUGUUAAAUCAUGGGAAAAGAAAUCCCAAUACCUAUAUUCAAUUUGACAUCAUUUUAAAGAGGAAGUCAAAAGCUUGUUUAAUUUCGUUUUUGGUAAGACUGUAGGCAUUCUAGAUAUAUUUUAUUAGUCAAAAAUGGACAAAACUAAUUUUGUUCCUCAAUUUCUUCAUAUUCCAUUGAUAAUGACAGUUUAAAACCUGAUUUUUCAUUGUGUUUACCAAACAUUUUAGCCCCGGUACACCCUAUGAAACAAAUCUAUUGUUAUGAAUUAUCAUGAAAAGAAUUUAUAUUUUAAAUUGUAUUAACCUGUAGGCACCUUUCAUUUACUAGAUCUUGACCUUAAACGAAAACAAAAAUCAUUUUUGCCCGAAAUAUAUUAUCAUAGAUGUGUAAGAUACACCGCAAAGAUGUUUUUGCACGGGGUAUGCAGUUUGAAAACUUGUUGUUAUUUGAACGGUUCUUAUCUUUA